AUGAGUCAGGACUCCUGCGAUGAUAGAUUGAGCAACUCGAACUUACAAAUCAACACUCGUCAUCCUAUAGUGAUUCCGCGUAAUCACAUUCUCACUCGACUCAUUAUAGAGCGAGAACAUAUACGAAAUCUACAUGCAGGAAUGAAUGUUAGGCAACAGUUUUGGCCACUAUCUUUGCGCUCCGCGACACGUAAGGUGAUCCAAAACUGUAUUACGUGUUUCAAAGCCAAACCACGCCAUUCCGAAGCGAUUAUGGGCUCCUUGCCCGCGGGCCACGUUACAGUGUCCAAACCAUUUGCACAUUGCGGGGUGGACUAUGCUGGUCCGGUUUCAAUUAAAGAGGGCAAAAGACGAAACGCGAAGUAUUCUAAGGCCUACGUAGCCAUCUUUGUUUGUUUCGCAACAAGAGCAGUGCACAUAGAGCUUGUCAGCGACUUAACGUCCGACGCUUUCAUCGCGGCGUUUAAACGAUUCAUAUCGCGUAGAGGGAAAUCCUCUAAAAUGUACUCAGACAAUGGAACCACAUUUGUAGGCGCCCGUAACCAAAACAAAGAAUUGUACGAUUUCUAUCAUAGUCAGCGAGCGAAUUCAGAUAUACAACGAUUUAUGCAUGAACAAUCCAUUUCGUGGAGCUUCAUUCCGCCAAACGCGCCACACGUUGGUGGUUUAUGGGAGGCCGCCGUCAAAUCGGCAAAGUACCACUUGACUCGCAUUAUGGGGCGGGCGCAUUUGACUUUCGAGGAGCUGCAGACGGCACUCUGCGAAAUCGAAGCAGUACUCAAUUCGCGGCCGAUUACACAGCUAAGCACCGAUCCCAAUGAUUUAGAAUAUCUUACAUCAGGUCAUUUUUUAAUUGGCGAGCCACUAAACAGUUUUCCUUGCAGGGAUUGGAUGUUGGGACGUGUCCAGCAAAUUCAUCCGGGCGCAAACAGCGUUGCCCGAACUGCCACGGUGAAGACCGUCAAUGGCUCCUUUGUGAGACCACUGUCUAAACUUGCUAUAUUACUGUUAGAAUUACAGGACUCACAUCCCAGCUGCGACACGAUCGAUAGUUCGUAA